AUGGUGCUUUUAGCUCACAUAUUGAAUGCAGGCUUAUCGAAUAGCCUAUCUGAGCUAGUUAUUUUUCAAGAAGAUUCACGAUUUACUGGAAUUGCAAAGCUGCUAUGGGCAAACUCAGUAAAAGAAAUUACCAAAAAAUCUCAAGCAAUAGUUCUUAUUACAGAUAUCUCAAGUUUAAGAUUUAUUGAUUAUCUAGAUUUACCAGUACAAGAGGCCUCCGACCCUAUCAGUAGUUCUUGCAUCAUUAAUCUUAUACCAAACAUAAACAAAAAAUUCAAAAUUGAUCCAGAAAUCUUUUCAAAUGACUCCAUCAUUUGCAUUGAUAACCUAGAGCAAGCUGGGCAUUGGAUUGGUGAGCCAUCGCUUUUGAAAACAAUUGACAAAAGAAUUAAACUGCGUAAAUCUAUUUAUGCAGUUGUAAACACAAAUUAUUUGGACAAAAAAUUGGAUAGUUCUUAUCUAUCAAAAUCUGCGAUUUUGGUACAAGUGAAAAAAUAUUCACGUGGAAGUGGAGUCUGCGAGUGUUUUCAUUCAAGAAGUAACUUUAAAUUCACUAAAGAAACAUGCGGAUUUACACUCUCAGGAGCUCACGUAACUCCAAAACGGAUCGCUGAGUCCGCAAGCAAAGCAGCCGCUCCUAAAACAACCUUUAGGCUUGACACUUCUGAAGAAGAAAAGAAAAUGAGAGAAAUCACUCCGCUGCCGUAUGAGAGAAAGGAUAGAUUAAUAACAGUUGAGCCUGAAGAUUAUAUUGAGUCAGAUGAAGAAGGAGAUGAAGAUGAAACCUUUUAG